AUGCUUGACAAGAAGGCAGUCAAUGCUUUGAUAUCGCUCAUCAAUCGUGUUGCUGCGAGCCCAGCCCAAUUCACGGUCAAGAACUACGACGACCUGAAUAAGAGAUGGGAGCAGGCAUCUCAACUCUGUACAAGUUUCAAGGAGUAUACAGUCGAAGUGGAAUACAAAGGGCAACCAAGAACAUUUGAGAUGCACGCUCGUCCUUUGUGGGACUGGAGCCUCGACUUGGUGCAAGAUCCUCAGUUGGCUCCAUACUUCUUCUGGGAUGCAGAGCGACGAUUUCGAUUCGACGGGACAUCAUGGGUUCCGUUUUACACCGAGCCAUGGACUGGAUCAGCCUUUUGGGAUGCACAGUCUGCUUUAGACUUCAACCCCGACUACAAAAUACUACCGUUCAUCCUUUACGCCGACAAGGCCAAGCUUUCCACCUUCGGUACCCAGAAAGGAUACCCGAUCAUCGCGCGACUUGCAAAUGUUACUGUUGGUAUCCGCAAUGGCACUGGCUGGGGAGGAGGACAAAUCGUAGGAUGGCUUCCGAUUGUCGAUGAAGAUGCAAACGAGUCGGGGAAACCAGGUUUCACAAAUUUCAAGAAUGCGGUAUGGCACGAGGCGUUCUAUAAACUACUCGAGGACAUGGCGAAGCACUCCAACAUUGGAGUCUGGGUUCGAUGUGGGGACGGCAAGAUGCGCAAACUAUUUCCUAUGAUCCUGAUACUUGCGGCUGACUACGAGGAAGCUGCUGUUAUGGCUUUGAUUCGGGGUGUUCGAGCCCUGUAUCCUUGCCCUAUCUGUUUGGUCAAGGCAGAAGACCUCUCUCGGCUUGAUUUAGCGGCUCCAUUGCGAUCAACAGAAGACUCUGAAGCGGUCUAUCAUAAGGCUGCUUCUUGCAAGACUGUCGAGCAGCGGGAGGACGAAUUGAAAGCUGUCGGUCUUCGUAAUGUUGAGAAUGUUUUCUGGAAAGUUGGACUGUCCGACCCUUAUCACGCACUCUCUUUCGACCGGCUUCAUUCACAUCAUAGUGGUCUGUGGGGCGACCAUCUCUUUGGCCAACUCAAACAACAUCUGAUACUCCUGGGGCCCAGGAAGACUGCUGUUCUUGACCAACAAUUUGACGCACUUCCUCGAUGGCGAAACCUCAAUCACUUCAGUGCUGUGUCAAAUAUAUCUUUCAACGACGGAAACAAACACCGGGACAUUUCGAAGGGUAUUAUCUUUGCGGUGCACAACAUUCUCACCGAUAACCUGGGUUUGCUCCUUCUUCGAUGCAUCCGGAGUUACCUUGUCGUUGAUACGUACCUUGACUUUGGUGUUCAGACUGCCAACACGGUAGAGGAGGGUAGGAAAGAGCUCCAGCGGUUUGGCCAGUUAAUCAAUGAAUAUUCUGACAAGUGCAAAAAUAUCGAGAAGCUGGCGAAGAAUUGGAACUUCCCGAAAAAUCAUCUUCAAAAACAUGCAUUUGACGACAUUCUGCGAAAAGGUGCUACGAAGAAUUUCGGAACCAAGAUCGAUGAAUCGAUGCAUGGUCCCGUUCGCGACGCAUAUCAUAACUUGACGAAUGGCAAGGAUGUAGCGCCACAGAUUCUUCGUUUUGUCCACCGGAGCACUGUUGCAACGUAUAUCCGCGAACAAAUUGAAGACCUAGAUGCAUUGAAUGCACCUCCGAAGAAGGACAACGCCAAUGAGGACUCGGAGCCAGACGAUUCUGAGUUGAUUGGAAACAGUGUUCUGGGUGGAAAGCGGGUGAAGAUCUCGUUCUCAAUGGUGGAGGAGGAGCACAAAACUGACGUUGGUUUCUCACAAUUUCGGACCAAGUUCACCUCGUUCUUGAAUAACUUUCUCCGGGCAUUUGGCCACGCAGCUAUGGACGAACAACCUCUCAGUUUCUUCCCAGCGGACCAGAUUUCCCCCUAUGGCUUCGUUAAAGUCCAUUUCAAGUCUUUGGAUGACUGGAUGGACACAACGGACUAUCUGAGAUGCUCCCCAAACUUCCACGGUUGGCCUCGCUAUGACGCUGUCUUCGUUCAAACGACAACUGGUGUAGUGAUCAUGCGGUUGGUUUAUGUUUUUGCUUUUGAAGCGAAACAAAAGACUUUCCCAUUCGCAUUGGUUCAACCGCUCGAUGCAAAGGUUGUCAAUCCACCGGCGAAGGACAAACUUCUUGGACUCCACCGCAUUCGGGCAAAACCUCGCCGAUCGACCGAGUUCAUUUCGGUGCAUUCAAUCAUCCGUGGCACCAACUUUUUUUCCGACGCAGCCGACAACACCGGAAAAGACCCCGUCCGCGUCGCUGCUGGACUCAAGGGAACACUUGCGCGCGGUGAUGUCUCUGACGAGGCGAAGAACAACGCGCAAGAGCGUCUGAAAGACAUGGGCUACGAGGAGUACAUUGCCCACCCCGAGAGCUCGUCUGACGUCCGCGAGAAGACCGAGGAGGAGAAACACGAGAACCAUGUGCAGGGCGGUUACAAGGCGACCUUGAAGAACCCUAAUGUGUCGGAGGAGGCCAAGGAGAAUGCCCGCCAGCAUCUUGGGUCGAGCGAAGACAAAGAAGUUUAG